AUGUCUCUCCACAGAGUUGCCUCGAUGACUUCCUAUGAGCAGGUCCGGAAUGCGUCGCCUGCACGUUCGGAGCAUCGUAAGAUGUCCUUCAACCCUGCAGGGAGUAGACUCAUGCCUCCCGAGGCAAAGGAAACACCAGUGGGCGCGUUCGAGGUCUCGAAGCUGAAGAGAAUCCUCCAAGUCGUCCUUGCAGUAAUCUACUGUCUCUUCUCAGCCGGGGUCGUAUUCGGAUAUGCCGCAAUUAAGCCCGUUCUCGUCAGUGAAGGUGUCUACCGUGAAUCUUGCGAUGAAAAAGAGUACAUAAUUACGGCUGGAGCAUUAGGCACCUGCUACGGCCAAGAGAUACGACUGAAUCUUAUGUUCACAACUGCGGCGGUCGCUACCAACGUCUGUGCUCUUCCAGUUGGCACGCUACUGGACAAGUACGGACCGAGGGUCAGUGCGAUUGUUGGCAGCGUGCUCCUAGCCAUCGGCGCCUUAUUGCUUGCAUUCGCGGCGCAGUCACCAUUCGAUGCAUACAUACCAGGCUACCUCUUUCUUGCUUUGGGGGGGCCAUUUGUUUUCAUAUCAUCUUUCCAACUGUCGAAUACUUUCCCGCAACGUUCAGGACUUAUCUUAGCUUUACUUACCGGAGCUUUUGACUCAUCCAGUGCCAUCUUUCUCAUCUACAGACUAAUUUAUGAGGCUUCCGAUCAAACAUUCACACCACAACAAUUCUUUCUGGUUUAUCUUCUCAUUCCCGUGUUCAUCCUCAUCGUGCAGAUUACCGUUAUGCCGUCAAAUUCCUACAAGACCGUGGGUGAGCUUGUAAAGGGGGCAGAAAUCGUGGACAACUCCAAAUUUCUGGACAGUGAUGGUGAUUUAAGAUCCAGACAGCAGCGUUUCGAGCACCGAGAUCGAAUCGUUGACGAAACAACUUCUUUGCUCGGAAAACAAGGCAGUGAACAGGAGCAAGAGGAGGAAAAGAAAAGAAAAAUCAGCGGCGUCUGGGGUGCGCAACACGGGCGAUCAGCCCUUCAACAGAUCAAAUCUCCAUGGUUCGUCCUCAUAGCGCUCUUCACUGUGGUGCAAAUGACGAGAAUCAACUACUUCGUCGCCACUAUCCGCACGCAGUACGAAUAUUUACUCGACGAUAAUAUGGCUGAGACUAUCAAUCACUUCUUCGACGUAGCUCUUCCAGUUGGAGGGAUAUGUUCAAUCCCUUUCAUCGGACUCAUUCUUGACAGUACAAGCACCACAUUUUGCUUGGGGCUUCUUGUAGCCCUGGCCACCGUCAUUGGUAUUCUGGGUGUCCUCCCAUUCCUAUGGGCAGCGUACGCGAAUGUCAUCCUCUUUGUGCUGUACCGCCCGCUGUAUUACACUGCAGUGUCUGACUAUGCUGCCAAAGUGUUUGGUUUUCAGACGUUUGGAAAAGUGUAUGGCUUGGUCAUCUGUCUGGCUGGCUUACUCAACUUUUCACAAAGUGCCUUGGAUGCUGCAACUCACAAGGGUUUCCACAGGAAUCCAAUACCGAUCAACGUUCUAUUAAUCGUCGUUGCUCUUGUUGUAGGUAUUGCUUUGGUUUGCUUCGUCUGGUACAAGAGCCGGCACAUGCACCGAGAAGAAUUAGAGGAAGAAGCCGAAGAUGCUCCUGAUGUUGUCAUGCCUGGGACUGAGUUGGAAACGGAGGACGAAGUAUGA